UCGAAGCGUAAAUGACUGAAAAAGCUCAUCCUCGUUCUACUGUAAAUGGGUAGCCAAGGGGGUGAUGCGCGUGGAGGUUGAGAAGGCGUGCCGUAGUUCCCGCCCAUCCCUCGUCGAGAGCACUCUCUGUGCCCCGGCUUGUCAAGGGUUUCUCUCACCCGGGUCGCGCGCGCGCGUUUCUCAUUCUCCACAACACCCCCACUCGAACUGCAGCCACAAUGGGGUACGAUGUGCCACGCGACGGACACGCCACACACACCAUAAACCCCCGAGAGCCAGCAAACACCGUUGUGUUCAUUUAUUUUUCAUCGUAAAAACAAAAAAACAUUUUCAACAUUUUGAACGUAUCAGUCCGUGAACUCCCCCUCAAGUGUUUCCAGAUCUACCGUGUCCUGUGACUGGACCACAUCAUUUCUCAUCAUCAUUCUCACUCCGUGUCUCGUGGGGGAUUUUUUUUUUUCAACUCCUAAUUUUUUUUUGUCUCUCUCUCUCUUGGUGUAUCCUGCACGGUAGCCUUUAUCCACUCACACACUCCUUCGGGAGUCACCGCAGACACGCAACUUACCAACCGUACCUCCAAUUCCCUCCACUCCCUGUCCUUUACCUGGGCUGCUGACUGCUCCACGACACGAGGGCCCGGCUCUCAGCCGCACUCACGCGGCCAACUUCUUCUCGGCUUCUUCGAGACACUCUCGGUGGAGUUCAACAGAUAAUUCACAUCAUCCAAGGCGCACUUCAUUCAUUGGACAUUAAUUUUUUCGCGGCGAUUCUAUCCUCUGGGAAAGACGGCCGGAGCAUCGCUGUCGGGCAUUCGGCAAUUGGGCUCGUUACUUUCAAUUAUUCAUUUUGAGUGAUCAUUGGGGAUUUGUGAUUUGAGGAGGCUGAGAGUUGUGGUUACUGAAAGGGGGUGACAUUGAACAUUGUGUGCAUGUUUAAUUGACUAUUGGGAAUUAAUCAUUGUGCGAUGGUUCCUCAUUUACCGAGUGGAAGGAUGAGGUAGAAAUUGAGGGAGAUUAAAGAACCAUCAUAUUCGUCGUGCGGAAAUAUCAAAGAGGACAUAACGGUGCUGAAUCGGGAGGAGAUCGAUUUGACGGGAAUUUCUACGGCUAUAAAAUCAGUCGUAAAAAAUAUCAACAGAUAACCGUGGAAGCCCGGAGUAAGGAUGCCACAUACAGGUCAAGCUGGUGUCAACCAACUGGGUGGUGUAUUUGUCAAUGGACGACCGUUACCCGACUGUGUAAGACAGCGAAUUGUCCAACUGGCGCUUGUUGGUGUCAGGCCCUGUGACAUAUCACGACAGUUACUCGUCUCUCACGGCUGUGUCUCCAAGAUACUGACGAGAUUUUACGAGACUGGUAGCAUAAGACCCGGCAGCAUCGGCGGAAGUAAAACUAAGACUAACAACCGGGGAUUACCGUUGCAGCAAGUGGCAACGCCGACGGUAGUGAAGAAGAUACUGAGGAUGAAGCAGGAGCAACCAACAAUGUUCGCUUGGGAAAUCAGGGAACAAUUGGCUAGACAAGGUGCAUGUGAUCCACAGAGUUUACCUUCUGUGUCGUCGGUCAAUAGAAUACUCAGGGGCGGUGGAUUACAUACGGAUCAUCCGGGAAUUGAUGCUGGCUCAUCUAGUGGGUAUCAAACUCACGUGCCAUCGAGCCCGGAGACUAGAGAAGCCCUGAUGAGAACGGAUUAUCAAUUAUUUUACCCCGGCUCCCUGGGUCCCCUUCACAUAUCAACGAGUGGAUCAACUGGAAAUCCAAAUGCACCAACGUGGAAUCCCGGAUUUUACUCGUCCCUCUAUCAAGCAACCACACUGCAUCUGCAUCAUGGAAUGCAGGCAUUCACUACACUGGAGCAAGAGAGAAUGGCUGAACAGCAGAGUGGACAGGGUCAAGUUGAACUCAAAUCAAGUUCAAGCUCAAUGGCAGGAAGUGAUGAUUCCCUAGACAAGAGUGAUUUAGACGAUAAUGUUGAAUCGCAGGACAAUUACAAGUCCUUCCAAAGUUCUCCAAUAAUCCUAGAACUGGGCCAGAAGAUCGGCAGCGAUCGAAGUGCUUUUGUUCGUCAUGGAACACCUAAUUCAUCAAAUAACUUUGAAAUAUCCCGAACAAGUCCCUCAUCAGCAAUUGGCGACGACAUAACACCACAGACGUCACGAAGUGCUAACGAAAAUUCGAGUGAUACCAGUACUGAAGGAGUUUCGUCCAAGAACAGGCCCCAGCAGCCCCAGAAAAAACGAAAUCCCUACUCCAUCGAAGAAUUACUGAAAAAAGAUGAGCGCAGUGUGAGUAGUAAAAGACCGCGAGUGAUUGUAACCGGCAUUGUUCAGCCAUGUGGCAUAAUAGUAGGUAAAGAGGGGUAGGAUCUAUCUUGUCUCAAUGUAAAUUAACAAGUACAUUAAUUAUUCAAAUAAUGUAGACGAAAUUUAACGCAUUAUUCAACAGUGGGACUUGACUUAACGGAAAUUGUGUAUAUAUUACAAUGUAUAGGGUACGAUUCGUCGAAGGAGUUACAAAAUUCUUUUAUUUUAUUUUUGAAAUGGCAAUAAAGGGAGGUGAUGUGUCACAACUUGUGUUAAAUUCAUUUCGGAGUGGCUCAAAUAAAAAUUUCAACGCAUAAAGAAUAUUUGGAACACGUCAGGACAUACUGUCAUUGUACGUAGGCUGUCAUAAAGCCAUAAAACCGAAGUCACCAUGCACUGUGUCUCACGAUUCCUCUGACACACGUGUGAAUGAGUUAAGCUGCAACAAGAGAGAGAAUUCACUGAUUUUUCUCUCCGGAAAUAAAAAUAACAUUGAGGAAAUAAA